AGAUUAUUACGCAAACCACCAUCUCUCCCACGGAGAGAGAGAGAGAGAGAGAGAGAGAGCAUUGAGGGAUCCAUUUCCCCAAAUCCUCGCGGAGGCUAUCGCGCAAUUCCAGACGUCGGAUAUGCCCUCGUCGGCGGUGACCAACCGGCCGGAGGAAGUGACGGCGCGGCUGGGGGUCGGCGGCGGCGCUGCCCAAGGCGAGGCGCUGCUCAAGGCCCUACGCGAGGUGAAGAACCAGAUCAUUGGCAACAAGACCAAGAAGCUCCUCUACCUCCAGCUCGGUGCUGUUCCCAAGAUCGUUUCCGUUCUCGCUGCUUCCGUUGCUUCCUCCUUGGGAGGUGCCGGUCUCGAGGAUGCUCCCGUCAUCGUGCAGGCCGCCGCCGCGAUCGGUAGCUUCGCCUGUGGGGUGGAGGAUGGAGUUCGUGCUGUACUCGAUGCUGGCGCAGUGCCACACCUCAUCUCGAUCCUUUCCCAUCACGAUGAUAAGGUUGUGGAUGCAGGUGCUCGGUCUCUUAAAAUGAUAUUUCAAUCAAAGAUGGCCCCGAAGUAUGAUGUUCUUCAGGAUAAGAAUUUAAAUUUUAUCCUUUCACUCUUAGACAGUGACAAUGAAAAUGUUACUGAACUUGCUGCGUGUAUCAUAGCACACUCUUGUGAGACAAAUGAAGAGCAGAAGGCAUUAUGUGAUGCAGGGGUCUUGCAAAGACUUGUUAGUUUACUUGGUGGAUCUUCAAAUCAAAAGGAUGCUUGUUUAGAAUGUAUAAAAGCAGUUGUGAAAGAUAACUCUGAGGUUUCUUCUAGGUUUUCUUGCAUUGGCAAUGGCAAGGCUUUGAAGGCAUUAUCAGACUUAAUACAAGAUCGGUAUCCCUAUACGAGAUUACUUUCCUGUAAAUGUUUGAUUGCUAUUGGGCAUGCCUCUCCUUCCUAUGUGGAAGAGCUACAAAUUAAAACCAAGUUAGUUUUGGUAUUAGCAGAGCUACUUGAAGAACCUGGUCGAGUAGGAGAUGAGGCACCAUUUUCAUUGAAAAAGUUGAUUGCAGACAAUGAGGAGCUACAUAAACAAGCACUUUCUAUAAAUGUUAUUGAGAAGCUCUGUAAUUUUUUGCAUAUGAGUUCAAUACAGUCAAGGCGCCUCCAAGGAAUAUUGCUUGCUUUGUCUGAGCUUUGUUCGAAGUUAGAGAAGUGCAGAUGUCAGCUAUUGUCACCACAGGUAUUGGAUUUGGUCAUUGAUUCAUUGGAACAUGAUUGUGCAGAAGUUCGUGCUGCAGCAUGCAUUUGUAUUAGGAAUAUCACUCGGUCUCUGAAGAACCUAAGUGCAGGCUCUCUUUCCAAUGAGGCAGUUGUUAUUCGCUUGGUCCAGCUUUUGUAUGACCCAUCCAGUUCCAUACAGCUUGUUGCGCUUGGUGCUCUUUGCAAUAUUAUUGUCAUCUGUGCUUCACGGAAAUCUGUUCUAAUUCGAUGUGGAGGUGUCUCACAACUUGUUCGACUAUCUACAUCAAUGGAUUCAACACUGAGAUUAAAAUCUCUAUCAGUGUUGAGGAAUUUUCUAUUCCUUGCCAACACAACUGAUAAAGAAUGCAUUCUUAAAGAGCUGUCAUUGCAUACUUUAGUAAGCUUGUUAAAUGAUGCUGAGCAUUCUAUCCAGGAGCAAGCUUUGGCGCUUGUAAAUAAUCUUAUUGAUGGGUGCAGCUCUGUUGAACAUAUAUUUACAGAAAAAUGUUAUAGUUUAAUUCUGGAUGCUGUUACCAGACAAUUGAAACAGGCUUCCUCUCUAGGAGUAUGCAUUCAGGGAAUGUUUGUUCUCAGCAACAUUGCAGCCUGGAGUGAUUUUGAUAAAGAUUCAGUGACAGAUUAUCUUAUUGCCUAUGAUGAUAAUCACAAGCCCUCACUUGCAAUCAAGUUCUUGCAGAGCAACGAUAAGUCUCUACGAUUGGCUUCUCUUUGGUGCUUAUUGAACCUGACAAAUCCGAGCAGUGCUGGUUCAUCCAGAAGGGUUACAAAACUUCAAACUGCAGGGAUAAUUUUUCAACUAAAGUCUAUGCUUAAUGAUCCCUGUUCGGAUUGCAAGCUAAGAUUACGAAUGGUUCUCGAGCAGUGUACAGAGUUUGAGACAUCUCAGGCAUGAUUAACAUUUCCCACAUUCAGUGCAGUAGCAUUCUUGUACUUUUCCAUUUGAGGGGCAGGCCACCGUUACCAAAGUUUUGCAUUUUAAGCACUUAUGAGAGGCAGGUGAGUUUGUAGAUCAAUAUGCAGCUUUUGAAGGGAUCGACCGCGACUACUUGAUAUCCAUUUUCUUGUCAAUCCCGGUUGGAUGUACCCUGCAGUGCCUGUUCCCCUUUGUUGUUUAACAUGCAUUUCUCAAUUUUUUGUGGGUGAUGUUACUCGUAUGAAAAUGGUUAAUACAUAGCUUUUGAAUGAGUGAAGCUCUUAGCCAGAAACAAAAGUAAAAUUUUCUGUGUUUUUUUUUCUCUCUUAUUCAAUUAAUAUAACCCUUAGUCGUGUUAUUCA